CUUUUACUACAACUACGGCACUCGACUUUCAGACUCCCUUCAUUCAUUGCCUCACCAUCAGCCCAUCCCUUUGGCUGCCGGAUAGCCGGAUAAACAAAGGACCAUACAACCGCCAUGCACCUGUGUCAUUUUUCUACCUGAGAUCGGUUGCGCGCAGGUGGGGAUCUACCUGGAUCACGUGACCGCGACGGCGAUCACUUUUUUACUGUAAAAAACAGUGCGCCGUGGACCGCGCCUCGCGACUGCUUAUUGCAACCGUCGUUCUUGGAUACGUUGUUGGUGUAGGCGUAUAAACAGCGCUUUUCCCAAGUUUUCCAUCGAUUUGUGAUAGUUUUCAGUGCAUUUGCGUGCGUGGAAUCGCCAUAUGUAGAGAGGUCAACCCGUUUUCUUUGUGUAUAGUGAUUACGGUGGAUUACAAAAUGUGUCCAACGUCAACGGUCACUUUCGAACGUGUUUAUACCUUCUGUCAGUUCUUUUAAUUAUCAGUGACAGUACACACAUGCUACGACACUAGUACCUAAACAUUAAAAAAUAAUGCACGCCUAUCCCACGUGACAAAAUGUGCAACUUCCUACGGACUUUUUUCGCUUUGAUCCUCUACUUCGAUCACGUGAUCUCUCAAGAAACGACGGUACCACCGAGUGAUUCCCUGUUCACCAAAAGGGACGCGACGAGUACCUUCGAGUUCCCGAGCACGAAAAGGACGGUGACUGAACAUCUUGGUGGGACAAUAGUGGACACGACAGUGACUCUUUCGGCAGCGGACAGCCCCUAUUGGUUGAGGAAUGAUCUCAUCAUAGAAAGAACUGCCGAAUUAGUGAUCGAGCCUGGAGUGACCGUCAAGGUCGACCCCCAAGUUGGGAUUACUGUUAGAGGAGUACUGACAGCUGAGGGAACAGAAAAUGAGCGUAUCACACUCACCACAUCGUCGGAAACAAGUGCAAAAAACCUCAAUUUUCCAGACAUUCGAUUGGUGGACGGACCAUCGAUUUUGGCGGGAAGGCUUCAGAUCCGCCAUCAUGGAGUUUGGAGGAGCGUUUGCACCAAUUCGAGAAAUUGGACUUUGAGCGACAUGGAAACAACAUGUAGGCAGUUAGGAUUCCAGGGCGGCAAUUUUCACAUGUGGUACAAUCGUCAAAUGCCAUUAAGACCACGGUUGCUUUUAGAAGAACCAAAUUGCACCGGCACUGAAACUUCCCUGCUCCACUGUCGUUGGAAUACAAGACAAAUGGGUUCUGGUGUAUGUGACUACCAUCCAGACCUGGGAAUAGAAUGCCAGCCAAGACAUGAUACACCACUGCCAUUUUGGAGAGGAAUCAAAUUCGAAUAUGCCGCAAACGAUGAGAGACUGAUGUUAGGGAAUACCCUAAAUGUGCCAUUUUCUAGGUCUAAGUUACAUUAUGUUGAAAUCUACUAUGCUGGAACGGGAAGGGAUCAGAACGCUUCAAGUGCAAUAGAUGUGAUAGGAGUGCCUCCUAAUAUGGACCACAUUGAAAUUCGAGGAUCAGCCUACAAUGGAAUAAACAUCACUAAUCCAGAUGCUCCAGUAUCUAUAAAGAAUUGCAAAAUUAGCCACAACCGAGGCUACGGUAUUUUCAUCAACUCUAGUUACGGCCUGGCUCACAUCGACGGUUGCACUAUCAACGAGAGCGGUGGAGAUGGCAUCAGAUUCGUGAGAGCCGAAGAAAGACCUGAUGAAAAACCGGACAGGUACGGCUAUCACGAUUUCUGUCGCUUAGCCACUUCAUCUAGUCAAACCUUUCCUCUGCAACUUUACGCUGAACAGACCCAGUUCCUGUCCAAAGAACUGACUUGCAACAAAGUUUUUACCACGAGGUUUGGACACGUUUUGACCAUUCAUUUUAUCAGAGCGGUUACAGACAGGAACGACAGCGCCUCUUUUGAGGUCUAUGACGGAUCCACGUUGAACCACCGGCCAUUGACAAGUUUUUUGGUACGAAACAACACUAGACCUCAGAGCUUAACUAGCACAAGCAACCAGAUCUUCAUCAAGUUCAAAGCUGAUGCCAGCACCAAUAUAGUCAUCUUCAUGAGAAUCAUGUCAGGCUUACAAAGGUCAUAUGAUCUCAACGUGAGCAAUUCUGACAUAUCUGAGAAUCUGGGUAGAGGCAUCGCAGUGGACAAUUUAAGAUCACAGGUUCAUGUAUACAAGACCAAUCUGUCAAAAAACGAACAUGUAGCUGGUUUACAUGUUACAAGUGGUGUCGGAGACGUUAAUGUUACAGAGAGCAGGAUAUCGUUUAAUGGAGGCGAUGGAGUUAACAUUACGUACACGGGAGGUAGCAGAAACAUCUCUUCGUCUAGCAUAAGUUCCAAUAAAGGAUACGGAGUAGCUAUUUGGUUGAAUAAUACCGAAGAAACUGAGUUUUUGUUUGUGAAUCAGACUACUGUUAUUCAAUAUUCAGAAAUCUAUAAGAACUUGGAUAUUGGGGUGCUUCAUGGCAACUACUGUGGGGAUGCACUGUUCAACUUUACUUACAACAACUUCAAAAACUGUCCGAAUGAUGCAUUGGAAAUUUUGUCCUGUUGGAAAUCUACAAAGGUUCUCACGAGAGUGCAAGUGAGUCACAACAAAUUCAUUGGUAACGAACGCAUCUCUGUCAAAAUCUCCCCAGCAGUGAACUUAAGAGCUAUAAUUGAAUACAACCACUUCAGGCAAGGCUUAUUCGGAGGCCUUCUGAUAAAAAACCAGCCACUGGAGGAGUUUAAUGUGCUAGAAAAUGACAUCUUGGUGCUCCAAAACUACUUCAUCAAUAAUACAGGAAUAUACGUCGUGAAUCUAGCUCUUUCGCCUUACGCUCUCAACCAAUAUUUGCUCUUCACGAGGAAUUUUGUGAAAAGCAACAGGAUCAAGGAACCAUUUCAAAAUGAAAAUGGCCUGACAAGCAAUUUGAAUCCAAGGAGCAGGGUUGCAGCACCUGUUGUUGUUGGCUCAGACAACGUGGAAGUUUUUAGGAAUAUUAUAGAGAAUCCUGAUUCGAAGUACGAGAUAGGAAGUCAUCUGGAAGAUCAGAGCAAGACAAUCAAUUGCACCUACAACUGGCUCGGGUUUUCACAAGAUGAGUACAUAUUCCACAGGAUAUUCCAUAGAUAUGACAGAUAUAACUUGGCAAAAAUUGCUUUCAUACCAUUUCUGCUCCACAACACCAAUCCUCAGACCUCCAAAAUCAACAGCAACCCACUUUACGUGCCAAGAUUCACCACUUUACAUUCGGACAAAAUCGGAGGCGAAAUCGAGGGUGAAGAAACCAUCCUGAAAGGUGAAUACGUAGUCGUGAGAGACAUAAGCAUCAGACCUGGUGGGAAGCUAGCAAUAGAACCAGGUGUGACAUUGCGAUUUCCACCAUCCAUAGGAAUGAUGGUCGGAGGAAGACUAGAGGCUAGAGGCAUUGAACCUAACAGCAUCAGAUUUACACUUAAAGAAGAGCUAAUACAUGCUCCAGAUAAUAUCACUUACGAGGUAGAAACUGAAAAAUACGAUUUGGAAACCGAGUUGAUCAAAAUAGAGCCAGAUGUACCAAUUAGGUUGCUAGGAGGUGUCUCUGAGACUGAAGGAAGGCUUCAGAUCAAAGUGAAUGACCAGUGGGGCACUGUUUGCAAUUAUGGAUGGACCAUCAAGAAUGCGGCGUUAGUUUGUCAGCAACUAGGAUACGUUUUGAAUCCUGAUGAUUGGUACUUAGAGAGAGCCGAAAUUCCGCAAGCAGGCACUGCGGAAAAAGUCCUGCUCUCUAACAUCCAGUGUGACGACUAUGAUUUUGAUAUUACGCAAUGCAAAGCUGAAAAGAUUUCUGUAGACUUCGAAAAUUCAUGUAGCCAUGACAACGACGUUGGAGUCAGAUGUUACAAAACAUCUUGGGCCGGAGUUAGGUUUGGAUCUCUCGCUGAACGGACCGACAUACAAUUUCUGACUAUAGAACAGGCAGGACUUUUGGAUUACGCUACCAGUACCUUCAAACCAGCUCUGCAACUGGACUUUGCACAUCAGAACUUUGAGAAUAUCAGGAUUGUCAACAAUAACUUUCAUGGACUUGGGAUCAUGUACUCGGACAUAUUUUCAGAGUCGGUAAAUAACAUCAAGAACUCUGAAUUUUCGAAUAAUAGAGGUGCAGGCAUUUCUUUGAAACAACUAGGGCUCACGUUGUUCAAUAAUAAAAUUGAAAACAACUUUGUAGGAAUUGAACAUAAUCCUACUUUGACAGGUCUGCAGCAAAGAGAACUUGGAGGUUGGUUCUUGAAGAAUGAUGACGAACACAACUACUCGCCAUUCCUGAUCCCCCACAACUCAGACCAGAACGUUAUAGAACUGCAACGGUGGGAAACCCAAAUCAUAGUCACCACCAAAGUCUAUGGGGACAGCAUCUCGAGAUCAUACAAAAUACGAUGUGAACCAGGUUGGGUCCUUGGACUUCAGCUACUCAAUCCAAUUGAAAACAGAAGCACUGAGGAAAUCAUCAUCCGCGACUCCUUGUCAUCUCGCUUUGAUCCAGAAAUGUUCGUAGUGAAAAGAGAUUUGACGGUGUUUCCUCUGACCUCCAGAGGUCAUGGAGUUAUUUUAGACUACACAAGUGGCACAAACGCUUUGGGUGGUACUGUUAUAGUACUGAAUGCCGUUAGAGCACCUCUUCAAACCAUUCCCAAUCGAAUCAUAAAAGGCCCAGUGCCAACUUUGUCUGUGAUACGUAGCACUAUUAGAAAUAACAUGUUCGGGGUACAAGCGUCUUACUACAACAGGUACUUGGAUGAGUUGGGAAACCACUUCUUGAGGAAGGCAAAUGAAACCAUGAAGUUUUUAAGCUGUGAUAUAAGCCAUAAUCAGCAGGAAGCGGUUUUUGUACACUCGCCAAACUGGGAUUUACACAAAAGUAACUUAUCUGAAGUGACUGUCAUGUUUAAUAAAACAACAAUAACGAAUAAUGGAAAAGGAGUAUUCCAGUUCUCACGAGACAUGAGGUCUUCCAAUAAUCUGUUCCAUUACGUCUUCCAGGAUAAUACUAUUGAAACGAACAAAGCUGGGGGUUUUGACGUGGCUCUUCCCUACGUGUGGCAAUAUAACGAAAACUUCACACACUCCAUAUAUAUGGAUAAUAACACUUGGUCCAACAAUAAGAAAUUCGGUAUCUCCAUCGAUGGCCACUUCGCUCAAGUCAACAUCACCUACAACAUCUUCAAAGACAACAAUUGCCAAACAGGCUUGUUGGCUCUAAAAGGCAUGGAGAAAAAGCUGCUUAUAGCAUACAAUAAAUUUACGAGCAACAGCGGAAAGUACAUUGUGGAGUUCAGUUCUGACAGUCAGUCCGAGAUAAUCGGUAUCGUGCCUGCUAUUUUCAUUUACAAUGAGCUGAGGAAUAACAGGUUCACAGUUAAAGGAAGAAGUGGGGUACUACAAGUAGACAGAGAUCCCACAUGUACUGUUGGUUUUAAAGGCAUUCAGAAGGUCCGGGUGAACAGAAACCUAUUCACCAGCAAUGACUUGGACUACCAACUCUUAGCCGGGAUCAAGACUGCAAAGAUAAACAACUAUUUGAAUGUCAGGGAAAACUGGUGGGGAACUAACAUUGAAAGAGAGAUUCGAAAACACAUUUUCGACUUCAACGACUGGAACGACCAUGCAAUAGCUACCUAUCUACCGUAUUUGUUGGAAGAUGAUUUCCAAGCGAGUUACUCAGCUUCUGUAGUUCCUAAUACUAACAUGGACAUGGAUAAUCUAGGUGGAAUACUAUCCCAAGACUUGACACUGAGCAACAGAGGUAGACCGUACAUCGUCCGGUCGGAUAUUACAGUGUUGCCAAACGUCACUCUGACAAUCUAUCCAGGCGUAGUAAUGGAGUUCGCUCCAAACAUUGGCAUCCUGGUUCUUGGAAGACUCAUCGCAAAAGGAUAUGCCGGUAGUCAGAUUGUGAUGAGGCCUAUAAGUGAAACCUCAGCUAAUUUCAAGGAAAGCUCCAUCAGAAGAGAGAAAAGGGAGUUAGAAAAGAGGGAGAUGGAGAAGUUUUAUGGACAGGAAGCUAUAAGGCUCUGCAAGACUAGAGGUUGUGAAACUAACGAAGAAUACCAAUCCAACGAGGGCUUUCUAGAAUAUUUCAAUGGAACUACUUUGCAAUGGAUACCUAUGUGCGACUCACGAUUUACGGAAAGAAAUGCUCAGGUUGUUUGUAGAGAGCUGGGUUUCGACCCAAUGAAUGCAUUUUUCGACUUUGGAGAAAGGAUCGAUUUCCACAGUAAUUCGCUGUCAAGAAUAUGGUCAUGGCCAGAACCUUUACAAUGCAAAGGUACAGAGAGUAAGUACGAGGAUUGUCCCAUAAGGCUCAAUGGGCAGCAGUAUGGUCACAGGCAUAGAUGUGAAUGGAACUCCAAGUUCGUCUUCAUACAUUGUGACAAAAAUAUUGAUAGACCAAGAUACUGGGGCGGUAUACGUUUUGCUGACGCUGAAUUUGAACAGCACCUCUAUAACCACCGUAUUCAUGACAUUCAUACCCAUACCGCCCUGCAAACAUACGAGUCGACUUUAGAAUACGUCAGAAUCUACGGGGCAGGCAUUCUACACAAUGAGAAAUCAUCUGCUGUACAAAGUAUCAUCCGAAGCCCUAAGAUCCAAUAUAUGGAAAUAAAAGACUCUGCGUCCCAUGGUAUCGAUUUGAUAGCACCCGCAAACACAAUGAAUUUGCUCCAUAAUAAAGUUCAAGACAACUUAGGAGUUGGAAUCAACAUAGUGACUCUAUCAGGAGAAGGCAGAGAAGCUGAAGAGUCAAGUUUCUCUCCACUUAAAGGCCUACACAUUCCCUACAAUCUCUUCAGUCUUAUCGAUAUUUGCGACACUCAUAAAGAAAUAGUUGUUGAGGAACGUGUUUUGUUGUACUACAAAUACGAUAACCACCCGGUAAAUUGCAUCAAGAUCUUCAGGAGCUUGUAUAAUAUCAAGCCUUUAGCUUUGAGACUGCUUCAAUUCGAUCUAUUCAACUCAACAGCCACGAAGUAUAGCAUUCCGGACUUCCUGCAAAUGUACGAUGGCGAUAUCUACAAUAUUUCUUCUGUGGUGAUUGAUACAGUAACUAUGACAUCUGGCAAUGACAGAAAGUUCUUUAGGACUACUAGGCCCAGCCUUAGCGUGAAGUUGUUUGCAAAUGGAGCCUCAAACGAACAUGGAUUCAUCGCAGAAGUGGUCACUUUGCCCAUAUCUGCCAUAGGAUUCAAUCGUGACGUUCAACACAAUAUAUCAAGCUCUGUGAUAAACAACAAUGGCCAAAGUGGACUGCUUUACAUGGGAUCUGGUGAAGUGAAUCCAAUUGUGACGAUAGAGAAAAACCAGUUUAGAAAUAACUGCAGAAAACUGUAUGGCAACUUCACUACCUGCAAAUCGGCCGUUGAGAUGGAUGUGCAGAAUACCCAAACUGUUUACUUCAGGAAUAAUCUGGUGGAUCAAAAUCAAGGAGGUCUAUAUAUCAAAGCCGACUCUCGUGGUUCAGCGACGUCUUUAAGAGGCUGGAUCCACAACAAUCUCUUUGUGAACAACACUAACCUUCCUACACUGUACAUCGAAGGUCGAAAAUCUUCCCCGUACCAAGAAGUUACCAUUUACAGAAACUAUUUCACAAGAAACUACGCCCAAUACCACAAUAACAUCAUUUUGAGACAAGUGGUGUCAAAUUUUACUCAUAACUAUGUGAAGAGAAACGUUGGCUUGCAAAACUUGGAGGUGUCUGGUUUUGAUGGUGUUAGGUUGAAUAUCUAUCAGACCACUACACAUAACGGAUUUUACAACAACUAUGCAACUAAGUGGGACAGCAGGUCAACAAUCGUUGCCGGAACAGCUGGACAGCAUUACGUCGACAACAUAUUCUUUGAUCCUGACAACGACUAUGAGAUGAUCACUGUUAACAGAUCACUGUUUGAGUUUAACAGCACAUUUUCGUUGUGGGAUACCAAAAUCGACGCAGCGCACAAUUACUGGGGUGUCAAUAUUUCUUUGGCAGUUAGAGGAAGAAUAAAAGACCUAACAGAUGACAUAAGGCUACUGGAGGUGAUCCAUGAACCGUUCUAUAUGAACAACAUGUCCAUUUUGAAUGGAAAAUGUCCACCAGGAUGGGACCCAGUGGGAGAGACUUGUUAUAUGUACGUUGGAGCACCUAUGACCUUCUGGGAUGCCAAGGCCUUCUGUCAUGCUGACAAUGCUUCAAUGCCCUACCUCUUAGGCAACAUAAAUCACCUGCCAAUUUACGAAUUUCUUAGAAAACAACAUCAGUGGUACCAGUAUUCAGAUAAAGUAUGGGUCCAACACAUUGACAGAAUCAACGAGUGCACCAUUUUCGCUUAUCAGACAGUUGAAGUUGAGGACUGCAACAGGCUUAGUCCUUUCAUAUGCGAAAUAGAUCCAAAGGUCUCCAUACGAAUCCUGCCACUAGCCGACGACAUAGUAACGAUAUCAGUAAUAAGCAGUCUUUCACUAGCCAUAAUCCUGAUUAUCUUGGUGAUAGCUUGUUGGUGGAGCAAAUCAAAGUACAGGCAAGCUCAAAGACUAGAAAGGAGGAAUAGUAUCAGGCAGAGCCUGCAUUCGUUGAGAUCAGUCGGCUUGUCUCAAAGCAGUUUCGCCGAUCCUGUAUAUAGGAAGAAAGCUGGACAACUGAGUACGAGAUCAACAGACACAUUAACAAAAAGAAUGGUAGCUAACGGCUCUUUAGACUCGAUGGAAAAAUCUGCAUACGGCUCCUCAAUCGACGAAAGCCAAUCGUAUGACGUGUAUGCUGCUCACAACCCUAACCCAACAGCAUUCGCUUUCGUAGAAACAAUAGAGUACCACAAAUCCCCGCAAAAGUAUGAGAACCACUAUGCUAAGCCGGACAACUUCAACUUGGCAUACAAGAACGAGGGAUUCAGAGAAAACUCCACCUUCGCCACGAACUCAAGGGCUGAGAGUGAGUUAGAGGAGGAGGUGCCUAUCAUGCACACAGAAAGCAGCGGGUUGUCAUACCCGCCUAGUGAGUACUACAACAAUGAUACUUUGCCAUUGAGGAGCGAGAAGUCCGAUUCCACCUUGGAGAUGAAAAAAGGCAUUGACGAAUUCAACAGGACCAACUCAAACAGAGGCCUUCCUAGCGCGAAUUCUACUUUCAUACAAGAACUCAGAAGCAGGUUACCGCAAAAACCACCCACGCCCCCAAAAUCUUCACCCACUUACUCAGACCAACUGCAUGAUCUCAACUAUUCACCGGAUUUCAACAUUGUGGCGCUACCGCCUGCUACGGAUAGACCUCAAUCCGCGAAUAUUCUAGAGACAGACUUCGAUGAGCCUGUACCAAAGCCAAAACCUAGAGCUAAAAGUGAAGUGCUUCUAGAGACGAAUUUUGAUUAUGUGCCUAGUGACAGUCAUCAUGAAGUGGGGUUGCCUAUUUCAGAUAGUAGUAGGAGUAAGAGUCAGCCGUUAGAGACAGCUAUGUAAUAAGUUGAUACGAAAUGUUUUCAAAAUAUGUUAAGUGAGAUGAGGCUGUACUCUCAUAUCUUAAUGGUUUUUGAACAGUUACACUUGUGCAUUUUGAUAUUAACAUUUAUUAUGCUGAGCUUCUGUGAAAAUCAUGAACUCUUCCAUCCAGUUAAAGCUAUAGUAUUCAUAUGAUGUUUGUGAAUUUCAGCAUCAGCUUCAGUCAGAUUCCUUAUGUGUAUGAAAUAGCAUGCCAUCAAAUGACAUCACUUUCAGAUGAAAUACAGCUAGCUAAAAUAUUUUGUGCUUUUUUGGUGUACAAACUGGCACUGAUUUCCCUUAUUAUUCAAAAGUUUCAUCUAUUUAAUUUGCACAGUUCCAGGCAAAGCAAAUAAUAUGAACACUUGAUUUUUAAAUGUUAAUAACAGUUAAGCAUAUAAUAGCAUUAUUAUUGUUGAAUCAAAAACAAAAGUUGAUUAAAGACACGUACCCAUUUACAUCACAUAUUUUUUACAGAUAUCAUAUAUUGAUCAAAAAAAUGCAGCAUAAUAACGAUUAAAAUCUCUGUCUACACUAAUAUAUAGUUAGGAUUAUUUUAGGGUUGUAUAAUUUAAAAAGGAAGUGGUAUAUGCCAUUUUUGAUUUAUGAUUCGAUAAUAUUUGUUUUAUAAAGAUUGAAAUCAUCUAUUACUGUUACUAUCAAGUGAUAAUAAAUCCGUCAAAAAUGUUAAGAAUAUCCAAGAAUACUAUAUAGAUAAAUGCUAUAAUGCUGCCCAUAUUAUUUCUCUGCUGUGUAGAAAUAAAAAAUAUUUUAAAAGUUUUAAACAAAGCUAUCUUGUUUUCAUAUUAAGACACUACACACCAGGUAAGAUAUAUUGUGAUACUAGAGAAAGUCUAUAAAUAUACACUUUCUAUAUAUUUAUCAUAUGCAUAUGCUCACGUUUUUAAAAAGCAGCUAUCAACAAAAAGUAACUUUAUAAAGUAUAUUUAAAAAUACACUGAGGCAUAAGGUUCUACUUAUAAAAAUAUUAAGAUUUGUUUCAAUAGGAAUAUUAAAAGGUUUAGUUAAUUUUUCUGUAUAUAUCCAAAGACAUUUUUACAUUUUUACAUGUUGUAUCAUUAGUUAUGGUUGUUAAAGAUGUACAUAUUUUAUUUUAAACAAAAUGUGGGAUUUGAAGUACUACUAGUUAUAGAAAUAUGUUAGUGAAAUUGUAAUUUUAAAUAUUUAGAAUGUAUGUUAUACAAUGGUGUUCAAAUUGCACUUAAUUGUUAGCGUUUUUUUUAAUCUAUUAUUUGACUGAUGAUGGAAUGGAUAGAAUGGCCUUGAACAAAAGUUAUCUAUAG